CCCGCGGCGUCGCCGCCGUCGGCGCGCUGCAACUUCACGCGCGGCUCGCUGAUCCAGCUGGCGACGGGCGAGCUGCGGCGCGUCGAGGACAUGCGCACCGAGGACUUCGUGGCGUGCGCCGACCGGCACGCCGAGCUGCGCCUCGACCCCAGCACCGUCGUGCGGAUCGCAGACGCGCCGCCCGCCGCGCCGGGCCGCGCCACGCUCACCCUCAGCUACGGCGAGGUCCGCACACAGGUUGAGUACGAAUGCCCAGUGGAACAACCAUUCUUUGUAUACGGACAAGGUUGGGCAUCGUGUUCUCCAGAGAGAACUAUGCAGCGUUACGGGCUCAAAUGUCAUCGCCUUCAAGUUGGAGAUGUUUGCAUAUCUCUAACACCACGGAGUCCAUCACACCAUUCCCAGCAACAUAAGAAGCAGCAACAGCAUCAGCAACAGCAACACCAUCAACAACAAAUGCAACUGCAACAGCAGCAGUUGCAGCAGAGACAGCACCAGCAACAACAGCAGCAGCAACAGCAGCAGCAGCAGCAGCAGCAACAACAACAACAGCAGCAGCAGCAACAACAACAACAACAACAGCAACAUCAGCAACAACACAUUCAGCAACUGCAUCAACAACAAUCACAUCCUAGGAAAAGACGGUGGUCAGCACCAGAUCAGUUUCAUGAAGACAAUCCUCCAAAGUUUCAACAACGGACAAAGGAAUGAUUUAUCCAGCUUAACUGUCUGUUAGUAUCUGUCACACUAUUUUGAAGUGGAUAUGCAGGCUUGAAGUGAUAAUAAAAGCCAAACAGCAUUCAUGGUGCUUGACGUAAAAUGUACUUUUCCAUAUUGUAGUGGUGCCAUGGUAUCACUGAUUUGCAAUACUUGUGUUAAAACAAGAAGGAUUGAAGGAAAUGAAGAUUUCAAAUGAGAUAUUUUAUGUUGUGGUUCACAUUUGUAAAAGAAAUGUUGUUGGACCAGAAAAUGACAGCUUUUAUGUGUUGGCUGUGUCAGUGUAGUGUUUUCAAUUGGCAUUUGUGCACAAAGUUUACUGCAGAGCUUCUGAACUGCAUGUGUGUACUAGGUGCUGUGAUACAAGAUUACUCUAUAUUAAGAAAUAUUGUACAUUUAAGAGAUAAAACAAACUGAUAAUAGAACACUGCACAACCGAACUAAAAUAAUUUGAAAGUGUUGACUUGUUUGUUCACAUUUGCAGAAGAAGUCACUGAAAGUGAUUGAUGAUCCAUUGAGGACACCAGAAAAGGUGUUGUGCAGUGUGUGUCUUGGUAGCCAUUUCACGUUUUGAGAAUGUGCUUCUCCAUAUGUGUAUUUUUCAAUUAGCUGUAGCUUGCCUGUCCUUUAAGACUGCUGUGAUAAUGUCUCAAAUUUUGACAGAGGGGUGUGCUCAUUAUCUCAUUUGAAAACAAAGCGUAUUCUUUUGUCUCAUUCUUCAUACUUCGUAUAUUCUGGUGGUGAGAAUGGUGCUACAGAUUUUUAUAUGAGAACAUACAAAAUAACUGAUUAACUAAAUUUCUUUACAUCAUUAGUUAAUUGUGGAAUGAUGUGAAGUUAUCUGUUGUGGAAGUGCCUCAGUAAACACACAGGGAAUUUGUUAGGAAAUGUACCAGAUUGAUUCAGACAUGAGUUUUAAACCAUUCCGCGAAUUUUACCACAGACAUCUACAGUGCUGAAAGAAAGAUUAUAUUUUUCCUGUGACACGUUUUCAACUAUAAAUUAUAUGAGAUAUGGGUCCAGCUGGUGUAUCUGACGUUAUUUGUAGUGACUUUGUCUUUCUCACUUAUUUAAGUGGAAAUUUUCUGAGUGGAGUCUUGCAGCUCUUAAGAUCUUCUCAUUUCAGUACCAGCAAAUCUUAUGCAUUGGCUAAAACAUAUUAUUUAUUUUAAAAAAGGAAUUGUGUGCAGUCACUAGACAGAUUUGCAAUUUUAUGCUGGAUGUGGACGUAUUUGUCAACAGUUUGUCAUUAUGCUCCAUGGUUAAUUUCUAAUGAAAAGGAUAAAUACAAAUCAUAAUUCCAAUGUCUACCACAAAGUAGGACAGAAAGUCGCUGAAUGUUAUUCCAACAAAUAAAUGCACAUAACUCCAUUUAUGGCCUUAUUAUGUGGGAAUUGCUCAUUUUCCUUCAUUUGUACAACGACAAUCAUGUGGCUGCCACAUAACAAAGACAAUGUAUGCAACUGAGAUGUCCCGUUGUACCUCACAGGGUGACACAUGAAAUGAUGAACCAUUUCUGUGUGUUUAGCUUUAACUGUUGUCAUGAGUAUCAAGUUACAUAUUGCAUAAAUGUACAAAUUCCACAAACCUUUACACACAGAAACAUUGCAGUUUUGGUGUUUAUGAAGACCACAUUCAUUAUGAACAUUGUUUUGUCCCAAUUUUGUCCAGUUUGGAUAAAAAUAAUCCAAAAACUAUGCGUUUUAUCUUGCAAUCAUAACCAUUUGUUAAGUUGUUUUUUCUGCAUUUUCCACCUGUCAUUGUCCUCAUUAUUAUGGUGGAAACAGACCUUGUCAGGAAACUUUAUCGACAAUAUUUUCUUUAUGGUGUAAUUCGGGAACAAAUAGCAAUUUCUGUCAAUAUGUGAGAGAUUUUGCCAUACUCUUUUAUAUUUGCAUAAAUUAACAGUAGUACAAAAUGUUUGAUGAGUAAAGUGAUGGAACAUUCAAAUUUCAGUGGAGACCCUUCAAGUAAACUUGUCAGACCUGUCUUGUUGUAUAAUCUCACUGAUUCCAUUUCAAUAAAUGAGAAACAUACUUCCACUUUAACACUUUUUCCUCAUUUCUGUUGAAAAGUGUGCCAUGUUUACAGUGAAAGUGAAUUAGCUAGAAACUGAGGUACUUAUUUUUACUACAUUUCAACUACAAGGUAUCAUUUACAGCCACCUGUAUGAAAAGUUCUGUGCCACCAUUUAGGAUGACUUUCCAGACACGAAUUGUAGUAUCAGAGUAACUUAAACAAACUGUUUCCAUUAUAGAGACCAGAAAAUUGAAACCUUUGGGUUCAGAAUUUUUUGUGCCAUCCUGCACCAUUCACCUGAACUGCUGGUUAAUGUGGAACUGUCUCUUAAUGUGAACAACUAUAUUAUUUUGCUCAGUGAUAAUCUAAAUACAGGCAGGGCUGACAGCACAGUGCAAAUAAUGUUACAUGCUAUGGAAAACAAGUAAAUGUACAUUAUAAAGCUGUUUUGUCAUCGUCAACUGGUCAGAAAGUUGCCAUAAAAUAGUAUUUUGAAAUAUGUGAAGGGUGUUGGAAAUCGGCAUUGUCUAAUUGAAUUGUCAAUAAUUUUGCAUUGCUCUAUUUCCAUAGUUUUUCUGAAAAAAACUGCAUAACUUUCAUAUUUACUAGUCAAGAGAGAUGAGAGAUGAGAUACAGUCCAUUAGCAUUGUCAAAAUGUUCCUAAAAACAAACAUGAUGUAAUUUUGUCCCAUUAUGUGGUCGUAAUGUUUGAAGAAAUUUUUAACUUCCAAUAUUCAAGGAAGAGCUUUAUUGUAGUACAUUAUGACCUAACAUGGAGCUGGUAAUGGUCAUUACCAUUUAUAAUGGAUUUACAGAUGCUAUGUGAAGUCUGUGAGAAGGAAGGUAUUUUUACAUUAAUGUGGUAAUAUUGAGGAGAUGCAGUUUCAUUUAAAAACUUGUAUGCAAAAUUUAUCUGGUGUAAGAAUAUUAAAAUCUGGUACCUGUCACUGUUAGUAAAUGUAGUCCAAAGAAAUGUGUAGAAAUUCUAUUCAACUGGUCCUCUCUUGUAUGUUGUAGUUUAUUGUACAAAAAUAAGUAUGUCAAUCAAAAUAAGCCUCCUGUUAUUAUUUUAUAUUCCGUACUUACAAUACGGUGUUCAUUUUCUUUUCUUCCUUGUUUUUUUCUUUUCUUUCACCAUCCAUAAUUACAUAGUUUGACCAACAGUGAAAGUGGUGUAAUAUGCAAAAGUAAAUAUUUGAUUUACAUACGAAUUAAAGAACUAAGAACUAUGAAUUGCAUCAAAUACACACUCUUUUUAAAUAUUAAUAAACAUAUGCAUGAUUAUGAAAGAAUAACAUCAAGAAGCUGUAAAAAUAUGUCUCCAUUUACUUCAUUAUUCUGACACCUAUGACAACAAAGCAUCAGAUGUGAUAUUGUAAACUUGUCCACCUUAUUAUCAAAUCAAGUAACCUGAAUUGUGCCAUACUUUGUGCCAGGUAAAUAUGUUUCUGAAAGAUUGAAUUUAUAGCUUGUGUGCCAGAUGCCUAUUUCCCGAUUUAGUUCUUUCUGUCGAGACAUGGUUCACAUACAAAAAUUUCAGAUUACCUCACAAUUGCACAUUCGUGUUCCUAAGUACAGACUUCUGUAACAGAAAGAGGCCAUUGGAUUUUGUUGCUAAGAGUGCAUAGUUUUACCUAUAUAAAAACUUGCAAAAAUACAUGAAUCCAGAUCUAAACCAUGUUACAAAUAAAAGUAUAAUGCAUAUUUUAAAACCUGUAUUUUGUUAAAAGAAGUGAAUAACUAUAGUAUCGUACCAUAAUUAAAAUAUUCAUUCUGUAAUCAUGGUAUUGUUUAAUGAAAAUGUUAAUGUUAAAAGAGAUGUUAAUUAUACUUUAAGCAAAGAUCUCUGUUGUCAAAUAUGUUAAAGCUGACAAUCGUGGAAUCUGUUAAUCUUUAUAGUUUGAUAAUGUGUUAUGUGUGAAAGUUGAAUUUUUAUACAGAGAAUGAAAGUGCCUUGUAUAUACUUCAUGCCCAGUGUUUCCAGUGUAAUAUUGUAUUGUUGAAUGGAUUUAGACAUGUAAAUAUUCAUGUGUGUAUGUUCAAGCCAGCAUGGGUUUGUAUAUUCUUGUGUGAGUGUGAAUCGAGAGGAGGGUAUAUGGCCCUGGACCCUCUUUAUUUUGUGUUCCUCUCUUACCCUGUGUGUGUGUGUGUGUGUGUGUGUGUGUGUGUGUGUGUGUGUG